UAUCUCAAUCUAUUUUUUUUAAAUCACUUCAAACUCCAUACAGUCAUUGGUACAAACUCAACUAUUUAAAGCUCAAUUCUAAAAUUGAGCUUUAAAUUUCAUCGUUGGAUGCUUGCUUGUAUACAUAGCUUCUUCAUUGUUAUUUCAGAGUGAUAUACUACAACCUUAAAACAAGUUUCUUCAAUAUGUCAAGUGCUACUACUACUUGUGUAAUCCAAGUGUCACCAAGUGAACAACCCUUCCAAGGAAUUGGAUUAAUUCUAGGAGGAUUUGAAUGUCAACAAUCCAAAACCAGAACUGCUGCUGGUGCCCGUUCAUUGAGAAGGACACUUUCAGCUGUCGACAUUUCUUCUCCAAUUGUGUUUUCACCAUCUGAUGAAAUCCAUAUUGAUCAGGAAGAUAUUGAGCAAAAGAAUGAUUUAUCUAAACAACCAGAACAGUUUGAUAUUUGGUCUUCAAUUCCAAUUCAAAACCCAUCAUCUCUUCCACCUCCUUACGUUCAUCCUCUUGUCAAAAAAUCCAAGAGUUGUUUAUCUCUUAAAAGCCUUGAGAUUUGUACUGAAAACUUAGGUUCUGAAUCCGGCUCUGAUGGUUACCCCCCUUCGGUCAUUGGUCUUUCUGAUACUGAAGAAGAACACGAAGAGAUUCAAGAAGUAAUAGAAGCAGAAGCAAUCCAAGAAGUAGUAGUAGUAGUCAAAGUUUUGAAUUACAGUAAGAAAACCUCCACAUCAGUAAUUCCCAGAUCUUUCCCACCACCACUUAAUUCACUCUCUAGGCCAGGAGGAGGUAUUCAAAUGAAUACUCAUCGUAAAGAUGGAAGAUUAGUUAUUGAAGCUGUCUCUGUUCCUGCUUCUCAAAACUGCUUCAGUGCUCAACGUCAAGACGGUCGCCUCGUUUUAACUUUCACUACACCUAUCCCAGAAUCCAAAUCAGAAUCUUUCGACAAUGAAAAUGAUGGUUUCGAAACCGAUGACGAAGUAGAAUUCGAAUGUAGUCCUGGUAAUGAGAUUGAAGAAUCUAUAAUUAAUAAAGAAGAAAACAAAGGGAUUGUGUUGAAAAUGACCAGUACUACUAGAGCUCUAAAGCUGCAGCCAGCUGGUGUGACGAAUGUUCACAGAUCAGCAUUGAUGGUGAAUAAGUUUACUGGUCUGACAAACAACAGGAAUCACACUACAACUUGGUCAUUGUCGUCACUUCCAAUAUUAACACCAACAUUAGCCGCAGCGGAAGAAGCACCAGCACGAAUAUCCACCCCGGAGGCAGCAGUAGGGGCUUCUUGUUUCAACAGGUUUGAGUAUUUUUUGCGAAAGGAGACAUCCUCAAUCGGUGGAAUUUACGAUUCACUUAACCAACAAUCACUGCCCAACACCAAAAAUACUUACUACAACAACAACAGAAGUAUUCUCUUAGUCAGUAAGAAUAAUUACUGUAAUAGUAACAAUCUCUUUGUUAAGGACUCAACAACAACAACAAAAGGAGGAGAAAAAGAUUACAAGGAGGAGAAACAGAACAGUAAUGGAGAAAAGCUGAUAGUUGAUCUACAUUUGAUAGUUCCAGCUUACUGCAAACCUGAACUAAGGAGAUCUUUAGUUUUGGCACCAUUUUGCAUUGCCGCAUCUUAAUUACUACCUAGUAUUAUAUUAUAUGAUGCAGAGUGUAUGUAUAUGGUCUAUGUAAUAAUAGUGCCUGGGUGUCAAACAUUUGUAAUAAAAUAAUAACAAAUGGGGCGCUGUAAUUUGUGAAUGAGACUUCUGCAGUAUGUGUGUUGUUCACAAAAAUAAAUAAAAAUAUUGUUGUA